UCCCGGCCGGGCAGCGCCGCCAUGGCGCUGGAAGUGGAGCCGUCCGCGGCUCCCCUGAGCUCCUUCCUGAGGGACUUCCCGGCGCCGCUGGGCCCGGGGGAGCCGCUGCCGUGGAGCUCCGCGGGGAGCGGCGCCCUGAGCAGGGCCGAGGUGCCGGGCGCGCUGGCCGAGCGAGCGAGGAGCCUCCUGGGCAGCAGCAGAGAUGUUUCACCACUUCUUGCAGCAUCAUUGAUCCAUGCUGCAGUUGAUGAAGUUCUCCAAACAGACUUGACUGAAUUUAAGCUGCAAAAUGUAGAGACAGAGGGAGAAGGAGAUGAGGAAAGGUUCACCUUGCUGGAUGGGGAGUCGCUGCAGCGCUGCUUUUUUAACAAGCUGCGGGACGUGUGCUCCGAGUGGCAGAAGCAGUUGCCACCGCUGAGGCCCCUGACGCGCUUCCUGCUGGUGUCCAUCCACGCCAUCCGCAACGCGCGGCGCAAGAUGGAGGAUCGCCACGUCCUGCUCCCGGAGUUCAAUCAGCUCUUUGGUCUCUCAGAUGAUGUUGAUCGUGCUUACUUUGCGGUGUUCGAUGGCCAUGGUGGAGUGGAUGCUGCCAAUUACUCAGCAACCCACUUACAUGUAAAUGUUGGGUUACAUGAAGAGAUUGUUAAGAAUCCAGCUGAGGCCUUGAAAUGCUCUUUCCAGAAGACAGAUGAAAUGUUUCUUUUCAAAGCCAAAAGAGAGAAGCUGCGGAGUGGCACAACAGGUGUGUCUGCAUUGAUUGUAGGGAACAAACUGCACAUAGCAUGGCUGGGGGACUCUCAGGUGAUGCUGGUGCAGCAAGGGAAAGCUGUGACAUUAAUGGAACCUCACAAACCAGAAAGAGAAGAUGAGAGAGCAAGGAUUGAGACUCUGGGUGGCUGUGUAACCUACAUGGACUGCUGGCGGGUUAAUGGUACCUUGGCUGUUUCCAGAGCAAUUGGUGACAUCUGCCAGAAGCCCUAUGUCUCUGGUGAUGCAGAUGGCGAUUCCUUUGAGCUGACUGGCUCAGAAGAUUACCUGCUCCUUGCCUGUGAUGGAUUCUUUGAUGCCAUCAAGCCCCAUGAGGCUGUAGACUUGGUGCUGGAUCAUUUGAUGCAGACCAAAGGAGUGGGGCUCAAAGCAGCAGAGAGACUGGUGGCUGCUGCCAAGGAAAAUGGAUCCAGUGACAACAUCACUGUUCUGGUGGUCUUCUUGAGGGAUCCUCAGGACAUCCUGGCAGACUGUCUCAGAGACUCUAAGAGCCCUAGGGCUGAUGAUGAUGCUCAGAGCUCACCCUUUAACUUCCUCAGCUGCGAGGCAACAGCCACACAGUGACAGAAUCUGUUUAGUCCAGAAUGUUCAACCAAAGAAGGAGUAGCACUAAUGUGUCCAAGGUGACUUACUGUGACCCCUCAACACUACUGUGGAAGCUAAUGCUCCUAAAUGGAUUUUUCCAAACAUCCUCCUGUGUAAAGUAGUGCUAAGAGGGAGCACCCAGCCUCUGCAGUUCCUGGUCUCUGUGCAAGUGCUGCCGUGAGUAAACCUGGAGUGUGCUAAUGAGUGGAGGGGAUGGUGAGCCCUGCAGGAUGAGUAAUUGGGCACCGAGUGGUUACAGCAGUGCUGGCAGCUGAGUAGUGUUAAUCACAGUGAUGACUUUAAUAGCAUUUAAUAGACACUUAUCUCAGUUCAAAGUCAGAUGUGAUACUGCUCUUUUAAAAAGCAUUUCCAGUGCCAUUAACCUUCUGUCAUGAGGAGCCACUAAAAUUUCCACUUUUUUGGUGGAUGUUGGGAAAAGUACUUCUCUUGUUUUCUGAAUUCUGGAGAUAAGUUGACUGUCUGCACUGGAAAACCUGUGUUCAGUUGAUAGCUUAAAUCAGUUAUUUGGGGUUGAAGCUUCCCUCCCAGGCAAAAAAAAAAAAAACCCAAGAAAACAACACCUAAAAAAUAACCUAAAAAAGGUGUUUCCACAACAAAUGGCUAAGAACUUUUGUAAAUGGUAUUUGUAAAUGGCAUUGCAAAAAAGGUAACCAGCAAGUACCCUCAAUCUAUAAAGGGCAUAGGCAGUAAAGUCUAAGUUAAUAUUCCAGCUCUACUCUUAGUGCAAAUUUUACUCUGUUUGUUAAACUAUUUGUAUUCUUGUGGAUGCAGGUACUGAAUGUGCAGAACCAGCCAUUGUAUGUUUCUAGUCUUAUAGUACUGAAGUAUCAAGCAAAUGCUUUAGGGAGAAGGUGGGGGGAUGUUAGCCACAACAGAGCAGAUUGCAGAUGAUUCAUGUAUAAUUUAGCCCUAGUUAAGCCUGAAUUAAAUUUCCCUGCUUAGUUCUAUUACUGUCCCUUUUGCAAUUGGGCCUGUGUCUUCAGACAGAUCCUACUAGGAAAAAAUUGUUCAUUCCCUCUUUUUGAGGAGCAAACCCUUCUGAUGAACAAAAUGCUACCCAGGAAGGAUUGAGGAAGGAGAAAAAUGAGAUUUCAUAUGAAUGUGAAACUGUCCAAUCUACAUGAAGUUAUGUACUCUCCCUAAGCACAAAUCUAUAGCAGGUCUGGUUGCAUUUGAGUAGUACUGGAAACCAGGGGGGGUUUUGCCAAGCUCAUCAAAACCUUUCAAACAGCAUCAAAACUAAGAGGCUGGUCCUCUCUCUGUUACUAAAUCGAGCCACUCAACCAGCCAGCCCUGUGGAGUAUCUGUUUUGCAGCAUUGUCAGCUCUUAAGAGCUAAGCCGGACACUUUCUGCAUGUGUUUUGGUUGGAUUUUAUUUAAUUUAAAGUUAUUUUUAUUUAUUUAAGUCAUGUCAGCUGUGAAGUAAACAAAUGGAGACUUGAAGUGUCUGCACUUCUGAACAUGUAUCUGUCAUAGACACUUGUUAAAGUAAUGCCUUAAAAUGAGCUGGUAGGAUCUUGUGACAGAGAACCUUAUCUUUGCAUGGAACAGGAAACCAAAAUCUUUCAGAGAAUCACAUAAACCCUUAUUUUGGUGUGACCCAUCAGACCUGAAGGCUCACAAUCUCUUCAGCUGCUGCUGAUGCACACAAAAAUAAACAAGGGACAGCUGUGUUGGCCACAUAGAAAAUUUAGCAAGAUGCAGCUUUUGUUGAGUAGAAGAGGACAAAAUCAAUAGGAAAUGUUUUCAAGCUUCUUGGAAUGCAAAUAAUGGAAUAAAAAAAAAAGGCAGCCUAGAAGAGUUGGCAGUGCACUGUCGGCUGAAAACCACUGUUUCAAGCAAAUGAAUUUGGCUGUGUUGUAAUGUCUGUUUUGCUUUGAUAACAAACUCCUCUCAGUCAGAGUUUUACGUCUUAUUAUGUGCCUUUUAGUUGAAGAGACAAGAUACAUUCAGUUCCUUAGAAAGUUAAAUGUAUCUGGGCUUUGUGACAUGCUAGAUCCUGGUUAUUGAAUUUUCUCUCAACUAAUAAGCCUGAUUACUAAUUUCCAGGACAUAUUAAUAUAUCAAAUACUGAAAUUAUUACAGAUUAAAUGGUUUUGGAUUCCAUGCACAGGAAUGUCGUUGGUCCUUCCUGAUCAAGUGGAUUACUCCUUAAAGUUAUUUAUCCCUUUUGAGGCCAUACAUUAGGCAGGUAAAAGGUUUGUUGCUUUGGCAAAUGGAGCUGGAAUGUGUGACCAUCAUUCCUGCCAGGAACUAUUUAUCCUUUUAUCUAAGCAAUGAUGCUUCUUUUUGGAUGUCCAAGGGUAAAGAGAUAAUAGCUAGGAAACCAGGGUGAAACCUUUGUGAAAAGGCAUUUGGCUGAAUAUUGCAUGAUUAAUGCUGAUUUCUUUGUCUGUUUUUCCCACUUUUUUUUUUCUUUAGUGUAUUUAAUAAUAGCAAGAUUUUUUUUAUGUGGGGUCAAAACUUUAUACUGACAAAAAAAAAAGGCCAGUAUAAAGUUUUUAACUCUAAGUUCCUUUAAUUUAAUGACUUUAAUUACUUUUAGCUUCCUCUUCUGAAAGUCAGUUCUGCUCUAUGCCCUCCCUAUUUUAUUCCCAAUUUUAUUUUUCUAUAUCUUUUAUAUCCUUUUACAUUGUCACCCUCUCCCUCCCCAAAAUGCUGCCUUUUAGGCUAUAAAAUCUAUUGGCUGUUAAGUCAGUUUAGUUGCCACUUUGUAAUUUUCACUUCAUCUGUGUCCAUAGUGAAUUUGGUCCGAUCUUUGGAGGCCUGCAACACCAAGAGUGUAAAAAGAACCAUGUCAGCUAGGAAGAGAAGAGACUAUAAUAACUAUUGCUUUGGCAUAGACCAGUAUUGGAUAUGUAAGAAGAAAAUUCUGAUAUUUGUAUUUUACUUCAUAGGAAUACUUAAGCUUAUUUCAGGUAACAAUAGUUCUCACCCUGAUUACAGGACUUCAGAAACGUUCUUGUCUUUGUCUUUCCUUAUUCCUGCAGAUUGUUUGUGUUUUCAAACAUUUGCACUGUUGAGAGUAGGGGGAAAAGCUUUCUGCCUUCCUUGCCCUCCCCAGCUCUCUGUCCCACCCCAGUUGGCUGAGCAGGCAGGGUGGGAGCAGCAGCACAGCCUGAGGCUCAGCAACCUCUCAGUCAGUGCCAUUCUUCAGGGUCUGCUGCGUACUGUAUGCCAGUCCUGUGCUUGAGGAGUGGUAAGUGAGACCUCUGUAACUACUCCUGCUGACUUAAAAACAUAUCUUCUUAUCAGUAUUAAAACAGUACAAGAGCAGAGCUGUUGCUUUAGGCACAUUUCUUGCCACUGUGUUGGCUGAUGAGCCUUGAAUGGAAGUAAGAGGGCCAGUGACUUUGAAAUAGGAGCCGUUAGCCAAGUUUUGUAGAAUCGUAGUAUUAUUUAUUGUAGAUGCUAGUCUGCACUUGUGACCCUGAGCAGAAAAGCUGCAGUACAGCAGGUUUUAUAAGCUGUGGCUUAACCAGUUACCUAGUCUCUUAAAACUCUUAUUUAAGCUGACUGGUUUUAUGCACAAGUUGAAAACCUGUUGUUAUUGAUCAUUAAAUGCUAUGCAUAUUGUACAUUCAUUUACAUGGAUUGUUCUAAUAGUGCUUGUGUGUAUUAUGCUACAUUACCAUAUUUUUUUAUACACGUAUGUAUUGCAUGAGGUUUAAUUGUUGGGAAUUUUUUGUACUGUCACUUUUGUAUUCACACAGUGCCUCAUGUAUUUAUUUGCAUAUUGCAAGAAGUUGUUUCAAAACAUGAUUGGAAACAGGUGGGAACAAGAACUUGCCACUGUAGGAUCUGAUGGUUCUGAAGUAUUAAUAAAGUAUAGUGACUCAAA